AUGACGCAGUUGAAAGAUGGUACUCUUUUCAUCCAAAAGUGCCACAUCGAUGGCCAAUGGACAGAAGCAGCCACCGGUCAGACUUUCAAAGUCCACGAUCCCGCCACUGGCCAGUUGGUCGGAACAUGUCCCGAGUGCGAUGCGACAGAUGCUGAAUUGGCUAUUCGCGCAGCCGAAAAUGCGUUUGGCUCAUUCUCGCAGCUCACCGGUCGACAGAGAUCCAAGAUACUGAGGAAGUGGUACGACUUGAUGGUGGAAAAUCUCGACGAUAUUGCCAUCCUUAUUACGUGGGAAAGUGGGAAGGCUUUUGCGGACGCCAAAGGCGAGGCAGUAUACGCUGCAAACUUCCUCGAGUGGUUUUCUGAAGAAGCUACGAGAUCUUACGGCGAUACCUUCGUCCCGACGACGAAGGGCAUGCGUGUCCAUGGGAUCAGGCAGCCGAUUGGUGUUUGUGGCUUGAUAACUCCCUGGAACUUUCCCGCGGCUAUGGUGACUCGCAAGGUUGCUCCAGCCCUUGCAGCAGGCUGUACCGUGGUGCUAAAGACUCCAGGUGAGACGCCAUUCACGGCCAAUGCGGUAGCGGAGCUGGGCAAAAGGGCCGGUCUGCCGCCCGGAGUUUUCAACAUUGUUACUGCUUUGGUAAAUACGCCUAAGAUCGGUCUCAUCUUGACCACAUCGCCGGCUGUUAAGAAGGUCUCCUUCACUGGCAGCACGGAUGUCGGCAAGCUCUUGAUGAAGCAGGCCUCUUCGACUAUGAAGAAGCUCUCACUCGAACUCGGCGGCAAUGCGCCCUUCAUUGUUUUUGAUGACGCUAAGGACAUUGAUUCCGCUAGUGGUGUCUAUGAGGAGUUCGCAGCUAAGCUCAAGGACAAAGUCGAGAGCAGUUUCAAGGUUGGCCAUGGAUUCGAUGCCGAAGUAACACAUGGUGCGUUGAUACACGUCCGAGCUGUUGAGAAGGUAGCCCAACACGUGGAUGAUGCCAUCGGAAAGGGGGCUACCGUCUUGACCGGGGGGUUGGCUAUGCCCCAUCUUGGAGAAACCUUCUAUGCCCCAACGGUGUUGACUGGCGUCAAAGACACUAUGGAUGUUGCGGCAGCUGAGACCUUUGGCCCUGUCGCCGCAUUAUUCAGCUUCGAUACGGAGCAAGAGGUCAUACAGAGGGCCAACUCUUGUCGGGUAGGGUUAGCCGGAUAUGUUUACAGUGGAGAUCUCGAUAGGGUGUAUCGCGUGGCAGAGCAGUUGGAAGUUGGAAUGGUGGGAAUCAACACCGGCCUCAUAAGUGACCCUGCUACGCCGUUUGGCGGUGUGAAAGAGUCAGGCUUCGGCAAGGAAGGCUCCAAAUAUGGCAUCGAUGAGUAUUUGGUUGCGAAAACCAUCACCAUAUCUCAUUUGUAG